AUGCGCUUGUCGAAAGCUCUGAUAGAAAUGGACUUGCCAGAUUACACUGCUGCCUUAGACCCUGCUUAUACAACUCUGGAGUUUGAGAAUAUGCAAGUGUUAGCCAUGGGUAAUGAUACAUCUCCAAGUGAAGCCACCAACAUGAAUUCUUCUAACAACAUUGGGAUCAGCGCUCUGUGUGCAAUUUGUGGUGAUCGGGCUACAGGAAAGCAUUAUGGUGCAUCCAGUUGUGAUGGCUGCAAAGGGUUCUUCAGACGAAGUGUCCGAAAAAAUCACAUGUAUUCCUGCAGGUUUAACAGACAAUGCAUUGUAGAUAAGGACAAACGAAACCAAUGUAGAUACUGCAGAUUAAAAAAGUGCUUCAGAGCAGGAAUGAAAAAGGAAGCUGUGCAGAAUGAAAGAGACAGGAUAAGUACGAGACGGUCCAGCUAUGAGGACAGCAGUUUGCCUUCAAUUAAUGCACUCAUACAAGCAGAGGUUCUUUCUCGUCAGAUCUCAUCUCCUGUUUCAGUGAUAAACAGCGACAUCAGGUCUAAAAAGAUUGCAGUAAUCAGUGAUGUAUGUGAGUCUAUGAAACAGCAACUUUUGGUCUUGGUAGAGUGGGCUAAAUAUAUACCAGCUUUCUGUGAGCUACCACUGGAUGAUCAGGUUGCCUUAUUGCGAGCCCAUGCUGGGGAGCAUUUACUGCUUGGGGCAGCAAAGCGUUCCAUGAUGUACAAAGAUGUUCUGCUCUUAGGCAAUGACUACAUCAUUCCCCGCAAUUGCCCAGAGCUGGAAAUAAACCGUGUAGCAACUAGAAUUCUGGAUGAACUGGUGCAAACAUUUCAGGAGCUUCAGAUCGAUGACAAUGAAUACGCCUGCCUGAAAGCAGUCGUUUUCUUUGAUCCAGAUGCCAAAGGACUCAGUAACCCUGCCAAAAUCAAACGUAUGCGGUUCCAGGUGCAAGUCAGUUUGGAGGACUAUAUUAAUGACAGACAGUAUGACUCUCGGGGUCGAUUUGGAGAGCUGCUGCUAUUGCUACCCACUGUACAGAGCAUCACUUGGCAAAUGAUAGAACAAAUCCAGUUUGUUAAACUCUUUGGAAUGGCUAAAAUUGAUAACCUUCUUCAAGAGAUGCUGCUGGGAGGUACUGCAAAUGAGACGCCACACACACACCAUUCACUACAUCCUCAUCUAGUCCAGGAGCACCUGGCAAGUAAUGUGAUAGUAGCCAGCACAAUGCCUGCUCCAGUACAAAAUGGACAGAUCUGUAAGUUUUCAAAGUUGAAAUUACAAACAGCCACACCUGAAACUCCAUUACCUUCUCCACCUGGAGGUUCUGCAUCAGAGCCAUAUAAACUGGUAGCAGGUUCUGUAUCAAAACCGCCAACAUCAGUUCCCCAGCAAACCAUUCCAAAACAAGAGGCAAUUUAA